AUGGCCAACAUCACCAAGAAAGUUUCGUGGUCCAGUCGAGCCGAAGAGUCCUUGUCAGCCGCGGAGGGAACGCAACUCUUGAACGGGUCCGAGCAUCCCCAAACUUCCAGACAGCUGUCUGGACGAGGCAGCUUUUUUCAAAUAGGCAGACUGAGCACGGUGGAUUUGGAAGAAGAGAUAACAUCAGAGGAGGAUUAUUUUAGGGGUCUGCCCAAAGAGAUCCCUCACAAUGAGAAGCUGCUGUCACUGAAGUAUGAGAGUUUGGAUUAUGACAACAUUGAGAACCAGUUGUUUCUGGAGGAGGAGCGAAGGAUGAGUCACAUACGUUUCCGUUGUGUGGAGAUCAGUCGAUGGGUCAUCUGUGGUCUGAUUGGCUUUGUGACCGGCCUCAUUGCUUGUUUCAUAGACAUCGUGGUCGAGCAGCUGGCUGGGUUCAAGUACCAAGCCAUCAAAAACAACAUCGAGAGCUUUACAGAAGUUGGCGGCCUGUCUGUCUCUCUCAUCCUCUGGGCCGUUCUCAACAUCGCCUUUGUCAUGGUGGGGUCCAUCAUGGUAGCUUUUUUCGAGCCAGUAGCAGCAGGAAGUGGUAUUCCACAGAUCAAAUGUUACUUGAAUGGAGUUAAGAUGCCUCGGGUCGUCCGACUUAAGACGCUGAUGAUCAAAGUGUGUGGUGUUAUCUGUUCAGUGGUCGGAGGUCUUGCUGUUGGAAAAGAAGGUCCCAUGAUUCACUCUGGUGCUGUUGUAGCUGCAGGAGUCUCACAGGGCAGAAGCACAUCUUUAAAGAGAGACUUUAAGCUCUUUGAAUACUUCAGGAGAGACACAGAAAAAAGAGACUUUGUUUCUGCUGGAGCUGCUGCCGGAGUUUCAGCUGCUUUUGGAGCACCAGUCGGGGGAGUUCUUUUCUCUCUCGAAGAAGGAGCUUCAUUCUGGAACCAGAUGUUGACAUGGAGGAUGUUCUUUGCAUCCAUGAUCUCUACCUUCACCCUGAACUUUUUCCUGGGUGUCUAUAAGCACAGUACAGGAGACCUUUCCAGCAAGCGCCUUAUCAAUUUUGGAGGCUUUGAGAGUGAUAGUGUUGCCUACAACCUAUAUGAGAUCCCCUUGUUCAUCGCAAUGGGUGCUUUGGGUGGUUUGCUGGGAGCUCUAUUCAAUGUUCUUAACUACUGGUUGACUAUCUUCAGGAUCAGGUACGUCCACCGCCCAUGUUUGCAAGUGUUGGAGGCCAUGUUGGUUGCUGCGGUGACUGCGACAGUGUCCUUCACUAUGAUCUACUUUUCGAACGACUGUCAGCCCCUGGGACCUGAGAACUCUGAGGACUACCCCCUGCAGCUGUUCUGUGCAGAUGGGGAGUAUAACGCCAUGGCCACAGCAUUCUUCAACACUCCUGAAAGAAGUGUCCGCAAUCUGUUCCAUAACCCGCCAGGAUCCUACAAUCCCCUGACCCUGAGCUUGUUCACUCUGACUUAUUUCUUCCUGGCAUGUUGGACUUACGGCUUGUCUGUGUCUGCUGGAGUCUUCAUCCCGUCUUUGUUGAUCGGAGCAGCUUGGGGGAGGCUGUUGGGUAUUAUGUUGGCCGCCAUCGCUUCCCAUAACUCGAUCUGGGCUGAUCCUGGUAAAUAUGCGUUGAUUGGAGCUGCAGCUCAGUUAGGCGGUAUCGUGAGGAUGACACUGAGUUUGACAGUCAUCCUGGUGGAGGCCACAGGAAAUGUGACCUAUGGCCUUCCCAUCAUGCUUGUCCUCAUGACAGCCAAGAUCGUAGGUGACUACUUCAUAGAGGGUCUGUACGAUAUCCACAUUAAGCUGCAGAGCGUUCCCUUUCUACACUGGGAGGCUCCUGCCACCUCCCACUGGCUGACUGCGAGAGAGGUGAUGAGUUCUCCAGUCACCUGUCUGAAUAGGAUAGAGAAGGUGGGAGCUGUGGUAGACAUCCUGAGCAACACUUCAACCAAUCACAAUGGCUUCCCUGUCGUCGUGCGUGUUGGUAGCAGUGAUGAGCCUGAGAAGCUCUGUGGCCUUAUCCUUCGCUCUCAGCUUAUUGUUCUUCUCAAACACAAGGUGUUUGUGGAGUUGGCCCAAUCUCGGCUAUAUCAGAGGAAGCUCCAGCUGAAGGACUUCAGGGAUGCCUAUCCCCGCUUCCCCCCAAUCCAGAGCAUCCAUGUUUCCCAGGAUGAGCGGGAGUGCAUGAUGGACCUCACAGAGUUCAUGAAUCCCACACCUUACACUGUGCCAGAGGAAACAUCUCUGCCUCGUGUCUUUAAGCUCUUCAGAGCACUGGGACUGAGACACUUGGUGGUUGUGGAUGACGAGAACAGGGUUGUUGGACUGGUGACCCGGAAAGACUUGGCCAGAUAUCAUCUCGGUAGACAUGGACUGGAGGAGCUCCAGCUGGCUCAGACAUAGUACAGACGCACAUGAUCACGUUCACGUGAUGCCUUGUAAGCUAACAGUCAGCUGGGCACCUCGGCACGGAGCGCCGUCUCCUCAGCAGGUUGCAUUUAAAAAUCACAGCUACCAUUAUGAUUAAAGUAGGAAGAAUAUAUCAGCCUGUUACCCACAAAUCUCUUUCUGAAACACAACCUGAGGUCACUGGUUUGCUUGGAAAUUUUUUCCAAGUCUUUCCUAGACUUUUUUCAAUUUGUUGGGUGGCUGCUGUACAUUCAAACGGUACUUUUGCCUUUUUCUGCCUCAACAUCAGCUCUGCGUACGGUAAUGUUGACACAGAAUUGUUGCCUUUUUGAGAUUUUUUUUUCUUCUCUUAUUCAGCUUUUUUCUUUCUUUUUUUCUCAGACCAAAAGGAAGGAUUUUCAUGAUUAGGAUCUUGGUUUAAAUUUAAACUCUGCUUCAUUUACAUUGUUGCCAGAUAUAUUAUUCUUCAAGCAUUUUAUCUGUUUGAACUAUCACAACUUUUCAUAAACAGAGUACAGUGUUUUCUUAUCAAAUGCUGUGCCUGAAUAAUGAUUCAGAUUAUAACAUGAAUAGUUGUUUUAAUAUUUAAUUUUUGUUAUUACACUGUAACUCACUGCUGCACUGAUUUAAGAGGCGCGAUUUGAAAAUCUGAGUACAGUUCUUCCAUUGCUCAGAAGCCACUUUGUUAAAUGAAGUGCAUCACUGUUUGUUUAAGCUUUGCUUUGCAAAUAUAUUUAAAUGUUCAUUGUGUAUGUAGUUUUGCACUAAAACAAUGUUAUUUA